UAAAUUUUGGUCUCAAUCUAAUCACCCAAUUUAGAGCUAGGCAGGUUUUUAUUUUGCCAAAACCAGUAUUUUUUGCUUUUUUCGGUCUUUUUCCAAUUUCGCCUCUGCUGGUCUUAAAAAAAGAAGAAGUAUAAAGGCCAAAUUUUGACAUUUAUUGGUCUUUAGCCAUACUUGCUGCGCCUUAAAAAUUCAAGGGUGCAUUCCUUAUAACUUUCCCAAAGACCGGGCAGGACCGUCCAGGACCGAAAGACCGACUGACCAUCCUUAAAUUGAGUAGCACAAUGUUUAUUACAUAAAUGACCAAAUUUUGACCUGUAAAUUUAUUAGAGACGAAGCUUUCAAAGCAACUCACUUUUGAACUUUAGAAUACAGUACUAUAUAUUAUAAUUCAAUUAAAUGAAUUCCACCGUUGGAUUUUGGGGAGAACCCACUUCUACAGUUGAUUGGUGCGAGAAUAAUUAUGAAGUAUCAUAUUAUAUCGCGGAAUUUUUUAAUACCUUAUCAUCGUUAUGUCUCAUUUGCGCAGGAAUAUUUGGCUCUAUGAUGCAUUCUAAAGGUUUUGAUUAUAGAUUUUCAUUAUGUUUUAUAGCAAUUACGUUUAUAGGAUUUGGGUCAAUUCUAUUUCACGGAACGCUAAUAUUCCCGUUUGAACAUUUUGAUGGAAUACCAAUGAUUUUUUAUUUAUUGAUAUUAUUUUAUUCUGUAAAUGAAAAUAAGAAAGAAAGAAAAUUUGGGAACUGGUUUCCGAUCACCCUUUUCUUGUGGGGAUUGAUUUUUUCGAUAUUAUUAAUAUUUUUGGGGGAAUAUUAUGAAAACAGAAUAAUGAAAUUAGUUGAAUUUUAUAUCUUUCAGGGUUCUUUCUUCUUAAUGUCUAUUUGCGUAUAUCUACAUAUAAUUGCAAUCGUAAUUAAUUUAAAGGAUGAAAAAGGUAUAGGAGCAUUAAUGAUUCGAGGAUCUAUAAUAUUUUUAAUUGGAUACAUUGGAUGGAAUAUCGAUUAUCAUUUUUGUACCGGGAUGAAUAAAAUAUUGAAUUCACAAUUACAUGCUUGGUGGCACGUGACAGCGUCAUAUUCAUGUUACUCUUUACUUUUAAUCGCGAUAUUUGACCGGUCAAAAAUGCUUGGAAAAAAUCCAAAAAUUAAAUGGGUGUGUAUUAUUUUACCGUACGUGGGAUUAUCGGAUGGAUCAGAGCAAUAUCUACCUUCAAAAGUCAUGUCUUCAGCAGAAAGAGAAUUGCUCAUGCAAGAAGUCUCGGUUGAAGACUGAUUUACAAAAAUAAUAAACAACGAAAUUAUAGAGAUAAUAAUAGAGGAUGAUAAUAGACAUUUAUUUUUGUUAACGUACAUCAACAUAUUAUAUAUACCCACACGAAAUCAUUAAUCGAAUAAAAAUAUAAGCUCGAUAUCAUAAAAUCCUUCUUUAUUCUAAUUUUUUUUUCUUUUGAUUUGUAAAAAUUUUAAAACUCAUUCUCAAUGUUUUUUCGUUAUAUAUAAAUCAUUUUAUAAUUUUCUACAAAGCCUGAAGAGCGACUUCUCAUAAAGAUGGAAUUUUAAAUAUCAUAAUACCCCAAAUAAACAGAAAAAGCAUAUUGUAUAAGUAGUUAUCAAAUAAAUUUUUAAAU